CGCAGCGCUCCAGGACAGCAGGAGCAGGGUGACCCUGAGUGCUGAGACCCUGCCGCGAUGCUGAGCAAGUUUCUGGGCCCACGCUAUCGGGAACUGGCCAAGAACUGGAUCCCCACUGCCAGCAUGUGGGGUGCCGUGGGUGCCGUGGGGCUGGUGUGGGCCACAGACUGGCGUUUGAUCCUGGACUGGGUACCUUACAUCAACGGCAAGUUUAAGAAGGAUGAUUAGGAAAACCCCGUCACACUCAGGAUCUCCCUGGCUCACACCUGCUGUCUCAGGAACAGCUCAGCCUCGUGAAGGAUGCUGAGGAAGCUGGACACGGCCAAGUCCCGCAGCACCCGGGGAGCCUCUGCGCAGAUGGACACUUGGGCUGCCUUGAUGGGUGUACAUUAAACCUUGUUCU